CACAAGAUGGCGGCACAAGUUCUACUUCUACUCAACUGCGCACUUCUUCCACGAUUCUCGCGCAUGUGCAGUAGUUUUCCUUGCAGAGCUCAGCUUAUUGAUAGCAAAGACCAGCAAAGACACAGCAAAUUUACAGAUAAUUUCAAGAUGAUUGCCAGACAGUUGAUUGCCAAACAGAUCAGAAAUUUUACCACAAGUGCUAUCCGUCGCUCUGGCCAUGGCGAUCCUGGAGGUUACCCAGGUGCUGUACAACUUGCCGUUCAGUAUCCACAACAGAUUCAAGCUGACAGCUUAUUUUAUUAUCUUCUUUGGCAGCGGAUUAGCUUUACCAUUCAUUGUAGUCCGUCACCAAAUGUUGAAGUAAAUUUGUAA